AUCACACUGAGCAAAGGUUCUUUAAGCAGCUCACUUCCUGUAAGAUCUCUUUUAUUACUCCAUGCUGCAGGGCGACUGCUAUGAGCUCUGGCUGAAGGGUAAAGAAAUGACCAUGGCGAUGAAAGAGCUAGUCUUGCUGUGGAUGGCAACUGGGCUGGUGGCUUCAGAAAUCAUGGAGGUGGUGGACGAAAGCAACAAGACACUGACGUCCAUUCCUACCACCUACCAUUCAAACACAACCAAGUUAAUCCUACACCACAACUCCAUCAACAUGACCAUCUUAGAUGCCAAGGCCUUGAGCACGUACCCCAACAUAACAGAGCUAGACCUCUCAUUCAACCAUAUAUCCGAGCUGCCUGCAGUGGCUUUUUCUGCCCUCACCAACCUGGAAGUUCUCAAUCUCAGGGGGAACCGGCUACAAACGAUCAGAAAUGACACUUUCUCUGAUCUAAAGAAGCUCAAGAGGCUGGAACUGCAGGAGAACCCAUGGAACUGCACCUGCCUCCUUCUGAACCUCAUAAAGCGGAUAAAUGACUCUGGAGUGCAGACAGAAGGAGGAACCUGUGCUGCUCCAGAGGAACUGGCUAAGAAAAGUGUCCCAGACGUGAUCAGCGCAUGCGCCUCAACAACAAAGCCACCCCCAGUUACUACCACCAUCGGCCCUGUUACAACUGCUACUCCUGCUACAACUUCUACAGCUACUUCUACUGCUACGACAGCUUCUACAACUACGACUACUAAGGCAACAACGGUUACUACUACUGCCCAGCGGACAUUACAUGUAGUGUCAUCCACAUUAGGCAGCCCCAACAUUUCAAACAAAGAUUCCUUGUCAGAAGCUGGAAAAACUGGCAGGCCAGAGCCUGGGGUGAGCAACACCUGGAAGUUUCUGGCCGGUGUGAUAGUCAUCACUCUCUGCACCUCCAUGUUCAUUGUGUGUGCUGUCAAAUCGCCCUCAUGGUACAAACUGCUCUUCAACUACCGCCACCAGAGGCUUCGCGAGGUGGACGAGCCCAACGUCUUCAGCACAGGCCGCUACUCUAACUUCAGCCUGGACACGGAGCAGACGGAGACCAGUGCCGCCGAGCUGGACCAGGGCCCAGAGCAGCCGCUGGAAGACGAGGACGGCUUUAUAGAAGACCGCUACAUCCAGCCAGAGGACUACAAAGACCACACUGAGGACUACAAAGACCAUGUUGAGGACUACAAAGACCAUGCUGACGCUGAUGAAGUAUAAAAUCUGACCUGAGAGGAUGAUGACUGAAUUAAUCAUAUGAAUGUUUACCUUUAAAGACUAGCCAUGACAAAGUUGAAGCAUAAGCAGCUAUGCUUUAUACGUCUAUCUAAAGCAUAAGCGGCUAUUAAAAGUCUGUACAGGCAAAGUUCAAAGCUUUCGGAAGCUGCAACCCUAGGAAUGUUCGUGACUGCCUCUUUUCUCUUUAUCAAUCAACUAAAGGACUCGAGUAUUUGAAACCUUCGCAAUGCAAAACGAGUGUCUUUUCACGUAUUCAUUUCUGUACCAAAGAUUGAUAGCUAAGCUAUCCAAACUCUGAAGUGAAACUGUAAAUCACUUAGUAUUAAAAUGAGCUAAAAUGUUGUUUGCAGUCUUGCACUGCAAAUGACCUUCAGUGACGUCAGCCUUUCAGCUUUUAAUUUUUUUUUUGUCGUUGAAAGUUCAGUGCGGGGAUAGAGAGGGCAAUAAAAGUGCCAAAAAAUUAGUUAUAGAUUUUCUAGAGAGAGACUGAAGGUUGUGUGAGCUGAAAACAAUAGUGAAAGAAGACAUGAGUGCAAAGUACCAAAGCUUCUCAUUCAUUGCAACGGAACAGAGACCAAAUUAUGUCUAAAUCAGUGAUUAUUUGUUUUUAUCAGUAUCACUCAUGAUGCCUGGCAUUGUGCAACAGAUGCUGUGUUGUGCCAAACACAAUCACUAUGUUGUUCCGCUGUAUCUCUUUACAAACAUAGCGUGCAUUGUCAAAGGACUGCUGCACUAACAAGCUGUGCACUUUAACAAUGAACUGCACUGAAAAACUUUGAGAUCUAUGAUUUAUAAGGACUACAGACCACUGAGUGAUUCAAAUUUAGUAUAAUAAGUAUGUUAAGAAGUUAAUAAAAUCAAUUUUGUAGAUGCACUGAA